UUCAGCUCUGCAGGCACCUCCCUGACGCUGAUGGGCCGUCACCGCCGUCACAUUGUUUUGACAAGUAAUUUUUGAAAAAAAACAAUUGUCAUAAAUUAAUUAUUAACAGAAUAAAGUAUUUUUUUUACCAUAGAUUAAACCAAAACAAGUAAAAUUACAUAGAAUUGUCAUGUAUACGCAAACAACAAAAAUACCCACACAAAAGGAUACGAACAUUGUCAAAAUUGCUGUCGAAAUGACAGAUAAAGUGCCACAAUUGAUAGAAUUUAAUCAAAAGCAACCCUUGACUGGAAUAAUUACUGAACUUUGUAAUGGCUGGAGUCUUUCGGAUCCAGAAUUUUUUGCACUUCAAUUCUCAGAGAACAAUAAUCAAAAUUACAUUACGGAAAAAAAUCGCAACGAAGUGAAAAAUGGAAGUGUACUUAGAUUGGAGCAUUCGCCAUCAAAAACAGCGAGCGAUAUUCUCGUUCAACUCAAUAUUAACAAUACGGAUGAACAAUCAUUACAAAAACUUGGUACUCUCAGUAUUGACAUGACAUUUGCACUUGAAUUCAUCAAUAAACAAGGAUUGGCCCUACUAAUUUCUCAGAUUGAAUCGGGAAAAUAUAAAGGAAGCGAUCUCGCCUAUGCAUUACAGUCCUUCGUUGAAUUAAUGGAUCAUGGAAUUGUUUCUUGGGACAUUUUAGAAACUCCUUUUAUAAAUAAAGUCGCAAGUUACGUUAAUAAUCAAUCGACAACACAGGAUUCAAGUGUCGUUAAAGCAUCCCUCAGUAUUUUAGAGAAUAUUGUUUUGAAUUCUUCCGGAAAAUACACACAAGUUGAGAAGGAAGUGACAUUUCCAAAUUUAGUGAUGCAUUUACAAAAUAGUAGUUCACAAAUACAACAGAAUGCAAUCGCUCUAAUAAAUGCGCUUGUUCUAAAAGCGGAUAUUUCCAAAAGACGAGCAGUUUCAGCGACAUUACAAUCGAAACAAGUCAGAAAUGUUUUUCUGACUAAUGUCGUUCAAUCCACUGAUCAGGUUGGAACAGAAAUGGCACAUCAAUUGUACGUGCUGCAGACAUUGAUGUUAAGUCUACUGGAGCAACGAAUGAUGAUGAAAAUGGAUCCACAGGAUCAGGAUGCCCACGAUAAAAUAAAGGAAUUGAGAAAAAUUGCCUUCGACACGGAGGGCUCGUUAAUUGGCGAUAUGGCCGCUCGUAAACAGGGACUUUUUGCCAAAGAUUACAAAAAAUUGGGUUUCAAAUACGACAUAAAUCCUGCACUCGAUUUCACUGAAACACCACCAGGUAUGCUCGCACUUGACUGUAUGAUUUAUUUUGCCCGCAAUCAUACGGAAAAUUACACAAAAGUUGUCCUGGAAAAUUCAUGUCGUGCCGACGAACACGAAUGUCCCUUCGGCAGAACGAGCGUCGAACUCGUUAAAUUCCUUUGCGAGGUGCUGAGAAUAGGCGAAGCGCCAAGUGAACAGGGACAAUCUUAUCAUCCAAUGUUCUUCACCCACGAUCAUCCGUUCGAGGAAUUUUAUUGCGCCUGCAUUGUAUUACUUAAUAAAACAUGGAAGGAAAUGCGCGCAACAACGGAGGAUUUUGUUAAAGUAUUUUCCGUUGUUAGACAACAAAUAACGAGAGCAUUGCAAUGUAAACCAACUGGUUUCGAUAAAUUUAAAACAACACUUCAACAAUUAACGUACACAACAAUAACAACAUUGUGGCAACAAGAGAGAACAAAUAGAGAGGAAUGGGAGAGUCAUGCACGACCUGUUGUCGAAUUAAGGGAGCAAAUAACACCAGAAAUUUUGGACUAUAUUCAACAGCAGAGAUUACAAUUUUUAGUCGAUGGGACAAGAUUCACGAAAUAUAGCGCAAGAGGCCAGAGGAUUAAAGACAAAUUUUGGUACGUACGCUUGUCACCAAAUCACAAAGUCUUUCAUUAUGGUGAUUGCGAUGAAAAAUCGGCGCCAACAAUUGAUGAACUAACAACAAAAUUGGCAGUCGUCGAAAUUCGUGGUAUUCUCAUUGGACGCGAUUGCCCUCAUAUGAAAGAUUUACAAAGACGCAAAACAACUCAUCAACUUGCAUUUUCACUUGUUUUGGAUUCAGUUGAUGUGACGAGUUUGGAUUUUGUCGCGCCCGACGAAGAGAUCUUCGAUUAUUGGACCGAUGGAAUUAAUGCUUUACUCGGAAACAAAAUGAUUAGUAAGGAAAAAGAAAAGGAUCUCGAGACGCUUUUAUCAAUGGAUAUAAAAUUACGAUUAUUGGAUACAGAGGGAAUUGUCAUUCCUCAGGAUCCGCCUCCAAUUCCCGAACCACCAUCGAAUUACGACUUCUGCUAUGAGUGAAGAAAAGAUAAGAAACAUCUGCUAAAUUUGCUAAAUUUUUUUUAAUAACUUUUAUAAUUCUAGUUUGAUACGAAUUACGAAUAUUACGAAUAUUACGAAAUAUCCUGAAUCAAAAGCGAUAGCUUCUCUCUUGCAAUAACCAAAGAUUUUUUUGUUUUUGUUUUCUUAUACAAUUUUUCAUGUACAUAUUUACAAAUUGUUUUUUUAAACCGUCAAAAUCUAUUUUAUAAAGGGGAGUAUAUUCUUCUUUUUUUUAAAUUUUAAUAUUUGCAGGGCUCGAAGCAGUGAAAGUAUUUAAAAAUACGGACUUUACGGACCAACUGA